UUCGAGAUACUAGGGCUAAGGCAUCACACGGGAAAGUGAGAUUGCUCGAAAGAUGGCGUCCUUCACAGUCCCAAAACAGUUUUUAAACGAGGCUCCAAUGGAUGGUGCAGAGGAGGAUCAUAAUUUAGGGUUUAUGGAACCCGGUAAGAUCCUCGGUAGGGAGGAUGGAUGUCUUGAACGCUGCAGACCGAACCGAGUUAUAUCCAAGACACCUGGUCCGGAGGUGAGCACAUAUGAUUAUGUAAUGAUGGAGGUCAAAAGAAUGAAUAAAAAUUUCAAGAGGGAAAUUGAAAGGGAAAUUGCCAAGCUAAUUGCAAAGCAAGAAGAAGAAGAAGCGCAGACCAAAAAAGAUGGUGGAGAGGAGGAUCAAAACUUGGGAUUUAACAAACCUAGUCAGAUCAUGGAUAGGGAGGAGGAAUAUCUUAAAUGCGGGAGACUUGACAACGUUCCAUCUCCCGAAAGGAAUGACCGUUUUUGGGAUAAGACACCUGGUCCGGAGGUCAGAGCAUAUGCUGAUGUUUUGAAGGAGAAGGCCCUCAACAGUCAUAAGGAAGAUUUGUUGAGGGGAAUUGCAAACAAGCAGGAAGAAGGGAAGGAAAGGUUGGGAGCAGUCUCAGGAUGUGAAAACAGUGUGAAGUAAAAAAUAAGGCCAAGUGAUACCUUCCUGGAAGGACCUACCAACAAUGCAAACCGAAAAGGGACCUGUGAAACAUGCUGUAGUGAUUUAAAAUGAUUAUUAUUAUUUCCUUUUUAAUUUGUGUGUGUGUUAGUUUUUAAUCAUGGGUUAGUUGUUGGGUACUUGGGUUACUUAAAAAGUGCUUCAUGCACUAAUUAGCAGUUAAGUUUACCUGUUAUUGGGCGUGUUAUUCUUGUUGCCUUGGAACCUAAAACCUCUUUACUAGGCACUUAGCAUGCCUAUUUCAAGAUUUCCAUCAUGGAUUGAACUUAAUUGCCUUGUUUAUUAUUUUCAUAA